UUCAUCGCUCUACUCCAGACCCAGUGCCAGUCCAUCUCUCAAAACUCUCUCUCUCUCUCUCUACACGUCUCGACGCAUCCGACGCCCGCUCGUCUCAAAGCAUGGAGCUCCCGGCCGCCUCCGUCCCCCACUCCGUCUGCACGGCGUACCGCAACCUCGUCACGCCGACGGCGGCGGCUCAGCACCUGCGCUCCCAGCCGUCGCCGCCGCGCCCGCGGCGCGGGCGCGGCAGGUGCUGUGCCGUGCUGAAGCAGCACAAGACGAGGCUGUACAUCCUCGGGCGGUGCGUGUCCAUGCUCCUCUGCUGGCACGACCGCGACGACUCCGACUGAGCCCCUCCGGCCGGCCACGCUUGGUGCAGGCCUUUUUUUUCUUCUUGUUGAUUUUUUUGCUGUUCUUUUGUGUGAACGGAAGCGUCAUACAUACUCGAAGGGAGGUGCUGGAAAUAUUGGCUGGUUAGUUCGGCAGAUUAUUGGAAUGAAACCAAGCAAAUGUACAUGAAAAAAGUUUUUCUUUAUAUGUGAUUAUAUUGCAUUUUUCCCGUUA